CGACUGCGGAUUCUCGAAAUGCGCAGUGGAUGAGGAACAGGUAAGGAUGCCCACAGCGUUCAUACUGCGUCUCCUACUCUCAUCCAUAUAAUAUUCUAACAAAGUAGCAGCCCUUUUAGCUUUCUGCUUCAAAUAAGCUGCUAAUUGGUCAUGGAUUCAACGCAUGACCAACCAAAGCCCUCAAGGAGGCCAAGGGACCGUGAUCCCGCUCAACCAACUGAUUUGGCAGAGCGUAUGAUCGCUUUUCAGCGAAGAAAUGCGGCUACAACUCGUCCUCGCGAACGCCCUGAGCGAACGCCUUCAUCUCCGUCUGCUUCCCGUCUGCAACCCCCCGCACCGAACCCCCCACCUGUACCUUCCCGCAGUUUCCCCGCAGCAACCUCUCCACGUAAAACUCACCUCGCUCCUCAUGUCAUCGUAUCCCGCCCAGAGGCAGACCCAGAAGAUUUCUCACGACGCCUCAAGAUAUCUACCUCCCCUCGCCCCCACCGUGAUCAUUCAAAGCAGCCUCAUCAGGGAAAAUUGUUCAAUCCUAACACAGACCCAAUUCCAAUGAGACGCACGGCCGAGCCAGAAUCGAUCUCCGACGUCACCAGCAGCUCUUCCCCACCCCGCAACACCCCCACUUCCCAUCAAAGGGACCCACCGGCAAAUCGCCACUUAUUCGACCAUCGUAAAGACGACCCUGUAAGAUUUGCCGUUUCAGUUCUCGCCCGGCCAUCAUCAAAUGGUGCCCGCCCUCCACCUACCCCGAAGUCUUCGGGGGACUAUGUUUCCGCGUCAUCGACAUCUUCUUAUGCCCAUUCUAUGACGUCAAGUUUCACGUUGUCUUCUGGCACCACCGAUAACUCAUCUGCAUCAUCCGCCUUAUUUGACACCAAGCCUCGUGAGGAUCCCAGCAACAAUGCCUUUGCAGCACAGCUCAAAAAGCUGUACCGCAGUAUAUCCACCCUCGAAACAAAGAUCCUCAAUGAGGACGCCGAUGACUACGUAGACGAAGGUCGUGUCCUGCUCCAAGGUCGGGGGCGCGAAGUCAGCGACGAAGACCUCCAGCAGCAGAAAUGGAUGAAGUUGAUCUCGGACCAUAAACGACUCGCUGAGAUGAUGCAUAACCUGAUGGAGAUCUCCCUCGCCCCGAGCGUGCCGGCUUCCCUCCGCGUCAUUCCGGGCAAGUACAACAUCAUCAUUCGUCUCUGGACUCACGCAUUCCAUAAACUCCUCGAGGCCUUGAGACGUGCCUCGUUUUCCUCGCCGCUCGCUCUCGAGCACCUUCAAGACUUCAUCUACUAUGCCUAUACCUUCUACACCGGCCUUCUCGAGGAGCCUACACUGCGCUCCUUCCGAUCCGGCUGGCUGGAAGCUCUUGGCGAUCUUGCGCGCUAUCGUAUGGCCGUGGCCGCAAUGGUUACCAAUAACCAAUUAAAAGGCUCGGCACUUACUACAGACGCUCUAUCUAAAGCGGUCGCAGCAUCCACAGACGAUGAACCUGUUACAGCCAAGAGCAAGUCGCAGAUGAGCGUCAAAUCUUCUUCUGAUCGUCCUGCUGCGCGGAUAGACGACUCGCCGAGCCCAAGCGUUGGCAUUGUUGCUGCACGGAUGAUGGAUGUUGAGCCGGAGAAGCAGCGCUGGCGAAGUAUCGCAAAGGAGUGGUACGCUCAAGGUCUUGCAGAUACCCCUGGUGCAGGCAAGUUGCACCACCAUCUCGGUCUGUUGAGCCGUGAGGUCGACAACGAAGAGCUACGCGCCGUCUAUCACUUUGUUAAGAGUAUGACCACCCUUCACACGUUUUCUACUUCUCGGGAGUCCAUUCUCCCCAUCUGGUCAUCAAGUGCUCAAUCACGGCGGUCGCAACCUGAUGCCCGCGUAUCAGAACUCUUCGUUCUUUUGCACGGCAUGUUGUUCACUAACAUUCAACUUGACGACUUUUCACCGACUCUCGCUCGCUUCCUUGAACGCAUCGAAAUCGAGGGAGCCGAGGAACGCGAGUGGAUUAUGAUGGCAGUCGUGAACAUUUGUGCAGUGCUCGAGUAUGGCCGUCCAGGUGGCGUGCUGCGCAAGAUCGGUGGCGUAGGUGCUCGUGAAACUGGCACAGGCGGUCCCGCCAUAAAAGUCGUCAAGAAGGGUCACGCUGCACCUGUACACCGUGAAGAAGACGGUGGAAUGGAUGUGGAUGAUGAGGGCGACCCGCAAGCGUCUCCAUCUCUAUCCGACGCAAAUAAGCCCGUGGAACUGCCGGUAUCGUUCAAACUCGCGAUGGAACUCGCCUUUUCAAUGCUCUCGUUUGUUCUCCGCAACCCGACUCGGAAGGCCUCGCCUUUUGCUCGUUCGACUCUGAACCCUUAUCUCUCGGUCAUGCUCACCUUCUUGGCUACCAUCACGAAGCACGCUGAGACGCUUUCCGUACUGGAGCGUUCGAUACCGUGGCACGAUCUUGCCCAGUUCUUCGCCACUAUCCCCCGUGAUAUUUUCGCCGCGCAGGGAUUGAAUAUCCCAGCUGCUGGCGGCGAGCGGUGGGCAAUGCUGACGAGUGGUUGUGCUCCGCCACUCCCCGAGGAUUGGUGCCUCCGUGGGAUGGAGUGGAUCAGUCGAAAGGUCUUUGAGCGCGGAUAUUGGAAAAGUGGGGAGGAGAGACGUGUGGAGAUUGAAAUUCUGGAUGUGGAGGAAGGCGGGCAGCUCACUGAUGGGAUCAUCGAAGAUGAAGAUGAGGAGGAGGGUAAUUCCCGUGGGGAGAGCUCUCGCGGGGAGACGAGUAAGAGAUGGAGUCGACUUGUGCGAUGUGCCGUUUGCUUGUCAGCUGCUGUCGAUGGGUUUACUUGGGUGGAGGGCACGCGUGAGUGGAGGGUUGAGGGUGUGCUUGAAGCGAAAGUGACCCGGUGGCUUGAGGAAGAUCGGCAUGAACGCGAAGAAGAGGAGCGGAGGCGACGUGGUCGGCGUUGGACCGAUGAUUCCAUGGAUGUCGAUGCCGAGGAUGAAGACGCUGAUGGAUUGUCAGAAGAGAGCGAAGACGACGAAAACGAUUCUGAAGAAGUCAAGGCUCUUAAGGCACGCCGGAGAUACUUGCGAUCUCUACUUGUUUCAAGUCAGCGCGCACCUGCCCACAUACCCAAACAGCGGUCUCGCCCAGUCCGUUCCUGGAAAAAUGCAUCGAUGCCAUCUUUGAACAUCGUGGCUGGCUAUACUAUUCUUGUACUGGAUACGAACAUCAUCUUAUCUUCCCUAUCGGCAAUCGCAUCGAUCAUCGAGAGCCUCCGAUGGACAGUCGUCCUACCAGUUCCUGUUAUAAUGGAGCUGGACGGUCUCUCUUCGAAUCCGUCCAAGCUUGGCGAAGCCGCCCAAGAAGCCGUGGCCUAUAUCACCUCACACAUCCGCUCGCACUCGAUGUCCCUAAAAGUCCAGACUUCGAAAGGCAAUUACUUGACAUCGCUUAGCGUACGGAUCGAGCAGGUUGAUCUCACUGAUGAAAACUCGUGGGAUCGCUGCAUGGACGAUCUGAUCCUCAAAGCUGCGAUCUGGCAAGAUGAGCAUUGGGUGGACCGCUCAAUGCUGUUGAAGAACGCCCCUCCUGUGCGUGAUGAUGCUAAUGCCGUCAAGGUGGUGUUAUUGUCCCUUGAUCGACUCUUGCGUUUGAAGGCUCGUUCACGACAACUUGCAGCAGCAGGCGAGCAAGAUCUUGCUGCUAUACUAGCAUCUGGGACAUAAUGCACGGUUGUGGCUUCAUGACAUCGAUGUCAUACGUUUUCCGCACGCCUGUUCAAGCGCAGCGGAAUGUCUGUCAGUGGUAGUUGGGUCGAGGUUCCUCUUAGAAGAUUGCAUGUCUAGGAACACAGAGUACCUUUGGAGCUGUGCUCUGCAUACUAUGGCACGCCGAGAGGAAGUGUGUAGUGGGUGUUGGCACACACGAGUUUAUCACAUUAUCAUUUCUUGCACGCAUACCCUCAUUCUCAUUGCAUAACAUACCUUGUUCGCGCUCAUUAUCUUCAUCUAUUAUCUGUCCUGUUCUAUUAUUGUGUUACUAACAAUUUUCUUGGAUGUCUUU